AGUCUGGAGUCAAAUUCCUGAACACGUAAGAGCUCCAACGCGACGCAUGACGCAAGGGCGCAGCGACUAACGGAUUACUGAUCAACUGAUCGAUGUGUCGACUAACAGACAGAUUUGCCUGGGCUCUGUACUUCUGCCACUGCACACCACCGCUGGUUGUGUUUUCCAUACUUUUCCCACAAGGAACAGCACGACGUGAAGUCCAUCUUCUUUCUCCAGACCGUCAGUUCAGGCGCAGCGGGACCCACUUUUUUCCAACAGGGGGAGAAAUGUAAGAAUCUGAUGUACCAUAAAUGUUUGUGUCAAGAAAUUUUCAUCAGGGACAAAACAGCGCGCUGGGAAGCCGUUUUCACCCGUCACUCACUGUGUGCAGUGAAAAUAUAGCAGCCCGGGUUCACUUUUCCAUAACGGAAAUGAGAUCAGUCCCUUUGCCUGGCUCCACUUCUUCUAAAACAUGGUCGAUGUAACUCUAUGCAGGCUUGUGCCACCGGGGUCUGACUUUCUUUGACUUUUCAACACAAACAGCCUUUUUUUAAUGGAAAAAUGUUCGCUGGACUGAUGGGACUGGAAUGCCACAGCAACUCUCUGCUUCACCGCCGCGAAGCCAUUCAAGGUGGCAGAGCAUCAGGGACAGCUGGCAGCUCCAGCCGUAAGAGGCUCCACCGAAGACCAGGGUACAUGAGAGGAGAGCAGUGCAGACUGCAGAGCGCCACUCAGGAAGAGGAGGAGGACGAGGAGGAUGUUGGGACAGCCACUUUUAUUACCAAUGGAAAAUCAGGAUGUGACGCUGACAUAGAUGAUGCAACUAAUGCUCAAAGGCCAAGUCCAGCUGCUGCAGAGAGUGUGUCUUUAAUAAAUCAUCAACAGCCUGAUAAACACACGUGUAGCUCCUGGAAGACUCAGAGCUUUGUCUGCUCUGUUACCCACCCUCCUUCCCCUGUGAACUGCAAUUCUAAGAGUACAUCCAGCCAUCUGGGCCAGUCCUCACUGCCCCACAAUGAACUCAGGUUAAGUUCGAGCCUGGACACUCAUUCAGAGCCAGAGGACUCUUUUAACUCCAGCUUCAGUUUCAUCCAACAGUCACUUACCUCCAGCCAGAAAACAACCGCCACACCCACACAAGAACAAGAACUAAGUUCAUCAACAAAAGCAUCUGACCUGCCUCAGACAAAACCUGAAACCUUACCUGUCGAGCACAAUUUCCCUAAGCAGUCGUCUCCUGCUCAAACACCACCUGGAGGAAAGUUUUGGCGAGAAUGCCUGUUUGCCGCCCACGUAGAAAGAUCCCACGUGCCUGACUGUGAGGCCCAGUCUGUUGAUAUAGAGGUCACCUCCUCACUCUCCCUGGACUCGGACAGUACCUCUGCCUCCUCUGUCACCUCAGGCUACGAGAGCGCUACACCUGCCUUGGAGCAAGGCUGGGACAACCUGCUGAAGAAGUACGAGGGCGUGCUGCAAGACUGCCUCCAAAACAACCGCACUCACACCAAGAUUGAAUCCAUGAUGUUGAAGCUGCAGAGGCUCCAGCAGAAAGCAAUUCUGGACGACGAUUAUGACGCAGCUGAGCGCUUUGGGAAAAAGUUAGAGGAGCUGUCUCGAGAACGAAGCACUCUGAAGCUGGGUUUACCCUCCCAACAGCCCAGUGUGGCGUUGUUCCUGGAGAGGCUCAGACAGGCGGUGGACAGCGCCCUCCAGAGGGCAGACUGCAGUCAGCACAGAGAGUGUGCAGAGCCUGUUGCAGGGGAGCAAUCCGGCUCAUCACAGGGUCCACUGCAACGAAGAGAACGUCUGAUACGAGAGAGACGGCUUGUCGAGGAGGAGAUCGCAGAGCUGCAGCAGAGACUGGUGGAGCUGAAGGACCGUAGCCGGUGUCUGGAGCAGCAGAUCCAGCAGGAAGAGCAGCAGGUGGAGGCUGAGGAGCUGGAGGGCUCCGUGCUGAGGAGCUGCAGCACGGCUCAGCUUCGCGACAUGAGCCGAACCCUCCAGGACCUCGUCGCUUCUGAAAAUCGCACACAAAUCUCAGUCUCUCGUCCUCCCUCCAUGCUCAGACUCCAGGAGCAGGAGCAGGCAUUAAAUCUGUCCAUUAAGGAAGCCACUGCUAAGGUGGUCAUGAGUCAGAGACUGGGCAGCAGCCUAAGGAGGAAAGUCAGUGAGACUGAAACACAGCUUUUGGCACUACAUGAAGCCAAACUGGCAGCCAUCUCAGGUAAUGACUUCAGCAGUGCUAAGGAACUGAAAGCUGAGAUGAAGGCGGUGUACCUGGAGCGGGACCGGCUCGAGGCUCUGGCCAAGAGGCUGCACAGCCUCAGCUCAGGGAGCAGCCAGGAGCUCGCCAGGAUGAAGGAGCAGCGGCAGCAACUCAGACAGGAGCUGGAGCAGAGGGAGGCCCAGCAUGAAAGCCGCCUGAAAGAGAACACCAGCAAGUAUAUUGAACUACUGGAGGACAGAUUGCACAGUUAUGGGUCCCCCAGCUUGGAGCGAAUCUGGGAAGCCGACCUGGAAGCGUGUCACCUUUUCCUGCGAGGUCUCCAGUUGCGGACUCCCAGCUGCAGUGGAGCAGACAUCGAAGACCUCCCCACUGCAACAGUUUAUCCUCCAUCCCAGCCAGGCACCAAAGAGGAAGAGGACUGUGCCAUGCUGACUGCUUUAGGAGGGCGAUGGUGUCCUGAGGCCAACUUACAGAACUCAGAGUUCACUAAGAAGCUGGAGGAGUUUUUGUUCUGCAUGGAGGAUAGUCACCCAGAGGAUGGGUGCAGCGACACUGAGGCUACCGAACUGACGGAGCGCUGUGAGCAGAUCAGCAACAGGCUGAUGUCCUUGGAAGAUGAACUGCAGAUGGCCAUACUGAACCGGGAUCAGGCCCUCACCCAGUCUUUAGAGAAGGAGGUUCAGGAAGUAAAAUCCACUUUACAAACCAUGCUCGCACAGCUCAAGGUGGAAGAAGAGGACGAGGAGGAAGUGAAUGAGUUGGAUGACCUCAUGAAAAAUGGGAUUGAGGAAGAAGAAGAGGAGGAGGAGGAGGAAGAGGACCAGUACUUCAGUGACAGCUGGGACAUUUGAAAUAGAUGUUUGCAGUGUUUUAUGAGCACUUACACACAGAAUGGCUACCUGAUAGGUUGACCUCGGCUUUUGCAGUAGAAAUGACCCCAUAUCCAUUUACUGUAAAGCCUCACUCGAAGCACUCGACAAGCAGCCGCCAUGGUGCUGCUGAAAGUUUCCAUCAGAUCAGGUCUGUGUAACUUUUCACCUGCCACAAAAUGAAGAAACGUGAUAUAAAUACAACACAUGAGACACUUUCUCCCUUAAAAAGAGUGCCUUUGACGACUAGUUCACAUAGAGAUGUUUAAGAAGGUCAAAUUUAUUUUUCACUUUUUAAGAAUUUAAACAUCACCACUUUUGUUACAGUCCCAUUUUAUAAGCAAGAUUUAAAGUCUGUGUAGCCUGUGGCUACAAAUGAAGGUUAAUGGGUUUUGACCAGAAACCAGAAAGACAAUCGGAAAACGUUAAAAUUUGUUUUCACUGCUAACAGUUUUGCACAUAAAAUAACAUGAAAUGUAUGCUUAUUAAUUGUUAUUGUUAUUGUUAUUAGUAUUAUUAUUAUUUUGGUCUGCUAGCCACUUUUGUGUGUGUUCUGAACGACUGGACUUUCUUGUAACUGUGUCCAUGAAGUAACUCAUUUGUGGUGCUACAAAAAUGUGAGCUAACUUGAACACUUUAUUAUCUUGUGGGUGGAAAAUGCAAUAUUUAGAUUUUUCUCUUGUUUUCGUACGACAUUGCGUGCUUUAGGUUUUUAACAUUUUUGUGACAUAAAGGACAAAUUACGUCUACGUAGGAAUUAUUGAGAGAUAAAACAUCGGUGGGCACAUAAAAGGAUUAGAAACUGCUGUUUUUGUUGUUUUUUCCCCUCUGUUUGCCACUGGUUGUGUUGUUUUAUUCAUAUUUGUGCUUUCACCUAUUAUUCAGUUUGGUUUUUUUUAAAUUUACUAAGCAGCUGUACCUUAUUUUAUAUUUAUUCCUUCCAGUUUCUCACUAAUUACAGCAUGUACCGUUCAGUCUAAUGUUGCCUCCUGCUGUUUUCUACUUGCAUUGAGUUACAGCCUCUUUAUGGAUUGGUUUUUUUUUUCCCCUCAUCGAAAAUUUGCUGGCACGCUGCCAGGCAAGUGAGGGCAGCGGUGACAGGCAGAAGAUAUCAAUACGGUAAUAAAGGUCCUAGUGAGGUC